CGAGAUGCCAUUUCUGAUCGUGCAGCGCUCGUGGAUCUCUCGCUCUGACACCAUCGUUGGUAUGCGCCCCUCGCCUGUCGAUCGACGUCUGUUCUAGCCGAGUCACGUCCAGGCAAACAUCAAUUCUGCCGUGUACGCCAGUGCCCCGCACCCCUGCGGGCAUAUUGCAAGUUUCUCCUGCGGCGGCGACGCCCGAGCCAUCGUCAACGACCGAAUUUUCGUCCACAACAAACGCUUCCGUCCGGCUCUCCACAGCAACACACAUCAGGACUUCCCACCCUGAUCCUUAUCCCCAACUACGGCGCGCUCGCUGCCUGCAAAGCUCGUCCACCACAAGUCCCCAGUUGGUCAACGUUGUCGCACACUUCCGUCAACUCUUGUUCCACACGUCCAUCCCAAGCAUACGCCGCUUGAACUCUCUUCACCCGGGUCCAGAUUAGACCACUGACUCCCAACGCUCCCCCGCUACGGCACGUCGCUGGCGAAACAGGCGAGAGACUUACAUCUCGGCUGUCCUUGUCACAAGCGCGUCUUCGUUUGCGCAAUCUCAUCAGCUUCGGCUGUCCUAGUCCUCUUGGGCGUCAGCGACGUCUGAGACACCACAGCAACCACCAAGUUGGCGGGCAUCAAAGUCAACUUCACCUUCAUCUUCCCUCUUCUAGGACCAAAAAUCUGGGUCCUCGGAGGUGAUAAGAAGCCUCCAUAACUGGAAUUUCAAGCAGCGUCUACCGUCACAAAACAAUUUUGCGUCUGCGAAACACAGCAACCACGUAUACUCGCCAGAUCAAGCUGGCGCGGGAAGAAGAGGAGGAGGACUAGCCAAUAUCCUUGCUGUCAUCGACAUCUCGUGUAGGGAGCCCCCUACGCGCUUGAGUCCAAUCAAGUUGUUCGACUUCGCACGGUGAGCGCUCACAAGCGUCUUGCCUUCAACCAGCAACACAUUUCCCGAAAUACGGACCAAAUCUUCUGCAAGGGACCAUUUUCAAGAUGCAAAGCGCAACUUCGCCAAUCAACAUUGCUCCUGAGGAGUCGGUGCCUCGGCUGGUCGUUCGUGACGGCGACAAUAACGAGCUACUCUUAGAUCUCAAUGAUCACCGUGCUCAGCCGUCGUCCAUGCCGCGCGCCGAUGCCUCGCCGCGCCCUCGCCGUGGCACUCUGGCUAGCAUGUACGACGGACAGCCAGAUCUUCUGAGGGCUGAUCAGAUCCUUGCAAACAAUGAGCAUGCAAUUGUGGAAGACGACGAUGCGAGUGACAAUGGCGCUGCGACAGGACAAACCCGAGCAAUGUUCGGCAGGCGCGGCUCUCAGAGCCCCGUCGUUGCUCGCCGCAGCACGGUGCGUCGUCAGCGUCCAAACUUGUCCCGCAACUGUUCGCCCUCGUCUUCUCGUAGCUCCUCGCGCUCCACUCGCAACUCAGUCCAUGCUUUCGCAGAAGGUCACCGCCGUCGUGAACGUGCAGGCACAGUCAACAGCAAAGCGGCUUCUUCCGUCGAUCUAGCGCUCAAGCGAACAGCGUCUCGAGGCUCACAUGCUCGGCGACCUACAUUCAGCGGCCGGGACGACGAGUCUGACAGCGGUCAUAGCUCGGCUGAGGAGGACGUGUGCUACCCAGGCUCCCAAAAUGAUCGUGGAAGUGACGCGUAUAGCAUUGCAUACUCUCAAUUGGAUGAGUUGGUAGAGGAGCAGGAGCUGGAGCGGGCAAAGGAAAAUGAAGAAGCUAGCCCAGCGACACCGAAGAAUGUCACCCAGCCUUCUACUGCUAGUCGACGCACAAAUGGUCCAACCACUUCCGAGGAAGACUUCGAUGAGCUUGAGAAACACAAGAUCUGCCAGCAGAACAAUAUUUUUGAGACCACUCGAUCCAGCAGACAACAUCUCGAGAAACGCUCUUGGACUUUCUUCUCCUCAGAACUUGACGAUGUCAUUCACUCCAGCACAAUUGGAGGCUUGCUCGAGGAAGGCGAAACGUUCCAACAUCUGUUUGAACUCUCUUCUAACGAAGAGGGGUGCUGGUGGCUUGACGCUCUUAACCCCACUGAAGACGAAGUGGCAGCGCUUUGUAAGGCAUUUGGCGUCCAUUCCUUGACCCGUGAAGAUAUCGCCACCAAGGAUCCGCGCGAAAAGAUCGAACUUUUCAGGACCUAUUAUUUCGUCUCCUUCCGCUCCUUCUAUCAAAACAAGGACGACGAAGAUUACCUUGAACCCGUCUCUCAUUAUGCUAUUGUGUUCAAGCAAGGUCUUCUUACCUUCAGCAGUCAUCAAGGCCCACACACGAAGAAUGUACUUCAGCGUAUCGGUCGUCUCCGAGAUUAUCUCAGCUUAAACUCUGACUGGAUUUGCUACGCUCUCAUCGACGACAUUGUCGAUAGCUUCAUGCCUGUCAUUCGCGAUCUCGAGAACGAAGUUGAUACCAUUGAGGACGAGAUAUUCGUUGCACGCGAUGAAGAUGCGCGACCGAUUUUGCGAAAGAUUGCCGAGUCGCGCAAGAAAUCCAUGUCUCUUCUUCGUCUCCUGGGCAACAAGCCAGACGUCAUUAAGGGUUUUGCGAAGCGCUGUAACGAAGGUUUCGCAGCGGCGCCAAGCACAAGCGUGGGAAUGUACCUGAGCGACAUCCAGGAUCACAUUCUUACCUAUCGCGACAAUCUCACUCACUCGGAACAAUUGCUCUCGCGUCUGCAUAACAAUUUCCUGGCACAGCUGAACGUAGAGCACAUCGCCUCCGGUAACAAGGUCAACAAGCUGCUAGGUCGGGUUACGCUCUUCGCGACGAUUUUGGUCCCACUCAACCUGGUGACUGGUCUCUUUGGCAUGAACGUACCAAUUCCGGGAAUGCACACCGACAACCUGGCCUGGUUCUUUGGCAUCGUAGGCGUCAUUCUGAGCUUUGUUUGCGUGGCUUUGACGGUGGCUAAGAGGAUGAAGUUUAUUUAAUCGAAGAUUCAGCUCAUCUUCAUUCUGAGAUCAUCUGGACUAUAGAACGAGGCGGUGCCAAAUUUGGCUUUGUAGACAGCGACUGAUGUUUUUGUUUUUUUUUUUUUCCUAGUUUGUUAUAGAAGGUGGAUAAACACCGAUGAUUUGCUAGACCAGGUUUUCUUGAGAUGUAACGUUUGAAGACUUUUCUAUCUUUUGGGUGCGCCUUGCAUUUAUUGUCUCUAAGGUACUCUACACCUGACUUUCAUGGUGUCAUGCGGGUAAGCACUGUAACGGCAAGACAAAUGUUCAUAGGUGUUGCAGAUAGAGUUGGUUAUAACUGUUCCAAUGGCUCUAAGCCUGCUGACUGGAUCAGCCCUUGAGUCAGUCGGGGAUGGUACUAGCUUCUAAUUAUUUGCGUGCCAUCACUGCGACACUUUGUCCACCUUCG